AUGGACGUGAAGAAGAGUAAAAAGAAACCCGAAUUGAAUGAACAGUUGUUUGUCGGAAAUUACAUUGAUGUUUUCCAUCAAGGAAGCAAAUAACAUAAGUUGGCGUACAUUUUGUCAAAAAGUGAAAAAGAAAUUGAGAUCACUUAUGAUGGGAUAUCUAGGAAGGACAAUGAGGUAUUAUGUGUGUCCCCUAAGUAUAAUAGAUUAUCAAGUUAUCACAAAAUAAGAUCAAUUUUGCUCGAAGGUUCACCAUAAGUAAGUUAUUAUUCACAUAAAGACUACACUGGAGAUGAUUUCCGAUAAAGCAAGACUUCACGUGAUUACCUAAAAUAUUCAAGGGACGAAUGCGACAAAUAUAUCAAGGAACUAAAUUCCAUCAUGUCAAAUAAUUUUCAAGGUCUCUCGCCAAUUGAAAUAUGCUUAUCUGUCCGUGUGAGACAAUUUAUUUGGUUGGACAUGGUGCUCUCUAGCGAAUUUUAAUCAAAAGAAUUGCCUACUGCAUUGGAAUACAUUAAAACUUACUUCAACUUCAUUAAGUGGUAUUUCGAGCAGUUCCCUAAGUACUUUGCAGAUGUAAGCUAAUAUUCUCACUAACUCAGUAUAUGAGACUCCAAAACAACUAAGAAUUAUACAUCCUUGAUGAACGAGCCUCUAUAGCAGCUUGUCUUACCGAAGUGUGCGAAGCCUUCUGCAUGCUCUUUGGUUCCAUUUGGAGAGUGUUGAAGCAAGAAAACUCCUUCUUCUAUGUACUCCUAUUCAAAUUAAAUUUAAGCUAAACUAUGAAAAUCUCUAAUCGUAAUUGGAAAAAGUCUUUCCUUCAUCAAACUUUUAGAAUUUUACUACGAAUCCCAAUAUUGAUGACUGGAAUCUCUACCAAGGAGCUACAGACAUAGUGAAAUGUAUAAAGAAGACUUGGCCUUUUUAUUUGAGAACUAUGUCAUACUUCAAAUAAAUAGGAGGACUUCAAGCUUGGGAAGGACUGUUAAAUUUCUAAGACAAUGCUGAAUAUAAUUAUAUUCCACUUAAAGCCAUGCAAAGAAUUGUCCUAACACAAAAAUAUUUGUCCUAAUAUUUCCUAUCGUCUGAAUAGGCUCAAAUGGCUAAAAGGACAUUUGAAUGGCUAUAAAAUAGGGUCGAUAACAUGUCUGUUUAAGAUAUAAAAGACACAGACAUUGAUUAAGUCAAAGACCUCACUUCAGAUCAUUAAUAUUAUUUUCAAAAGGGUUUCACAGAAGAUCAAUUAAAUAGAUUGACUGAUGAGAUUUAGUUAUAGUUGUCUCUUAAAUUUUUGAAAUCCUCCUUUUUGGAAAAGAGAGUGAAAGGCAUAAGUGAGAUUAAAGAUUUCACAGAGAGGUUAAAAUUUGACUAGUAAACUAAUUUAAAAUUCAGGAGUUCAAUCAGUAAGGAUGAUUUAAUUAAAUGGAUUUAAUAAAAUAAAAUUCUGGAUCAAACAUUGUUAGGGGACUCAGUGCAUCCAGAAUUGAUUAAAAGAUCAAGUGAUGUGGCAGUAUUUUUAUGUCGAAAUUAAGCAUUUGAAGUAGAUUAUAUUGAUAAAAUAUGGAUUAACAAUUAUGAUAAACAUGAAACUACACAAUUAGCAUUGUACGAAUUCUUCAAGACUGUUUCGCCAUAUUUGAGUUUUCAAGGGAUCGAAAAGCUAUACAAUCAUAUAUCUACUAUUCCCUACUCUAAAUACAAUGAAAAUAUUGUAAGCAUGAUCAAAACAUUCACUGAAUCUGCAUUAUCUUAGAGGUUUCAUGAACAAUAAUUGUCACUGAGCCCAGAGAAGAGAUUUAUGACUUUUAAUCAACUCUGGGAGUUAGUACAAGAUAGAGAGGAUCAAUUAACAAAUAGUGUUAUUCAAGAGUAAUGUUUCUAAGCAGCCAGAAACAUCAUCUCCUAGAUUCCCUAGACUAAACAAUUCAUUUCAUGUUAUUUUGGCAAGUGUUUUGAAUUGAUUGGUAGCCAUAAAUCAGUCUAUUAGGCCAUUAGUUUUGUUCAUUACUUCCUUGAUAAACAAUUCAAGGAUGAUUUCAAUGGCAAAAGAGAACUCAUUCAAUCCACAGACGAUAAGUACAAUAUUAUUGAACUCUUUGUGUAAGAUAUAGAAGUCUAUAUGGAAAAGGUGAGAUAAUACUUUAAAAAUGAUAUUCCCCAAGACAUCAUCAUUAAUGGAGUAUAAAAGUUGAGCUAGAAUGUCUUUUUUAGAUUACAAAUGCUAAACUAUCUACUUUAAUAAAAUCAUCUUAGGAUUACUUAUGAGUAGAGUGUAAGACUUUGGGAUACCUUAUCUGCCAAAACUAAAGGAGGCAUCUAAAAGAAGGAAUUGAAUAAGAUCCUAAUUACCAAUUACUAAAUGGAUACAAAUUAGUUUAGAAUAUGUCCAAUAUACUUCGAUAAAGAAGGCGAAUCCAAAUUCUUCAAAUAGGUCUUAUGCAAUCCAGACAGAAACGAUUACGAAAAGUAAAUCUCUCAUAUAGAUAUUUAGUUACACCAUUGAGGAUUUUGAGUUGUUCCAGGUGUUCUUUAAGCAAUAUAAUCAAUCUCGUCAAACAUUGAAAUAUUUUAACAAUCUGUAUAGGUUUUUGGUUAAUGAUCAUAAUUUUGAUGGGAAACAGGCAAUUUGGAAUAUCUUUGCUUAAGUGAAGGAUUAGUUGUUAUUAGAACAAAUCUCCUAUUUCAUUAUCAAUCUGUAUACCUAGUUGAAUUCAAACCUUGAUUAAUCAAGCGAGGCAAUCUAUUAGGAAAUGAUGGACAAAUGCUUAGAUUUGAUUCAAUAGCAAUGUCCCAGUUUGACCACCAGAUCAAUUAAUCUUUUAUUGCAAUUAUUCAAUUACUUUUAGAGUGGACCUCCCUCUAAGAAGUCUGCUAAACCAAUUAAUUAUACUCAAUUCAAAGUGCAAAUUUAGUAACAAAAUAAUAUGAUUAAGUGCAUGGAAUUCAAUGAAGGCGAUAAUACUACAAUCAAUCAAUGGAAAUAAAAGCUGGCUGAAGACUUAGAGGUUGCAUAUUUACAAUUAGAUAUCACUAUAGAGAAUAAGCCUAUUGAGUAAUAAUUUGAUGUGGUUGAAACCUUUGUUAGUUAAGCCUUCUAUUAGUUGGCUACUGUGAAAGUGAGGAUCAACAACAAGAACCAUCCUAAAAAUUACCUUUCUUAAGAGUAACGUACUUUCGAGAUUUUGUUUAAAUUGCUCGAUAAAUAGGAGAGUAUCGAAUUCUUAAGUUAAGUUUGGGAUUUGAUUAACAGGUUGCCUAUCAACAUUAUGAAAAAGAGGUAAGUAGAGAAUUGUAAGGAUUGGAAAUAAUACUUAGACCAUCAAUUUUUUGAUAUGUUUUAUGUAUUAUAAAUCAUCUAAACAUUAUUAGAAAAUGAAUAAUGGUGUGAAUAAUUUAAUAAUAGUGAUGGUGUUGAUAUGAUUACUGAAAGAUUUUUGGGGCAAUCGUUCUAGUUUUAAUAGCGUCCUCUUGAAAUCAAAUGCUUUCUGGCUUAUUUAGAAAUUUUAAGUCACCAUAGAAUCAGAAUUAAAGAGGCUUAAUUUAUAGAAUAGAUUAAGUCAAAGAUUGUCGAAAGCAUAUAACAAUUUAGUCUCUAUGUUAAAACCAAAAAGAAGAUAGAAGCUGGAUAAAAGAAAUCUUCAUAACAAAAGGAAAUGAAUGAGGUAGAGUUCCGUCUUCUUAGAAAAUGCUUUUAGUACUUGGAUUAAGAUGGAUGCAAAUAAUACAUCAAAAAUUCUGAAUUAAAUCAAUAACUUUAUGCGUUCUUUGUUGAACAUGAAAAUCAUGAACUAAAGAAGGAAUAUGGUUUAUAAUUAUUAAACCUAAACAACACUCCUGAGAGCAAAUUGCUAAUUAAAAUUGUUCUAGAAGACGUUUUAAAGGAUGUGAUAUCAAAUAACAAACAAAAAUGCGAUCAUUUCUUUGAAUUCUGUUGUAAUUUAAUACAGCAAGAACAAAACUUGGCUAUAUAGAAAUUAAAUUUUGAGGAACUCUUGGUCUACAUUAGAUAGAAAUUGGAAGAGUUACCCUUUAAUGAAAACACAGUGAAGGAUCAAGAUCAAAUUUUGAUUGGUUUAUUGAAAUUGUUAAAUGUUUUAAUAGAUAGAAUCCAAUAGUUAUCAACUCACUAAGGAUUAUUCGAGUAAAUAUUAAGUUAUCUGUUUGAAAAUGAAGGAGAAACCAGAUGUAAAUGUAAAUCACAAUAAUCCAGAACAGCUGGGUUCAAUUGUUUCUUUACUUUGUUAAAGUCUCCUCAAAAUAUGCAGAAGUUCCUCAAUGAAGUAUCUCCUUUGCAUUAUACUCAUACUUGGAGAACAAAGAAUUUCAAUGAUUGGAAUAUUCAAAGUAGAUUCCAUGAGAAAUCCUCAACUGGUUAUGUUGGUCUAUAUAAUUUAGGAUGCAUUUGCUAUAUGAAUUCCUUGCUUUAAUAGUUGUACAUGGUUCCAGCAUUUAGAGAAAAAUUAUUGUAAAUUGAGGAUAAAAGUACAUGUGCAUAAGAAGAGAAUUUAUUGCAUUAAUUGAAGUGUUUGUUUUUGGCUCUGAAGCAUUCCUAAAAACAAUAUCACAAUCCAAAGAAAUUCUGUCAUGCUUUUAAAGAUUUUGAUGGGAAUCCAACAAAUAUUUUUGAAUAGAUGGAUGUUGAUGAAUUUUGUAAUCUUUUGAUGGAUAGAAUAGAGUUAAACAUCAAGUCAACUUCUGAAGAAGAUUUAGUUAAAAGAAACUUUGGUGGAGUGAUAUCUAAUGAAAUUAUAGGCAAGACUUGUCCUCAUUAUUCAGAAAGGGAAGAACCAUUCUUUGCUAUUUCUUUGCCAGUGGCCAAUAAAAAGAAUUUGGAAGAGUGCUUAUAAACCUUGGUUCAAGGUGAUUUGCUUGAAGGUGAAAAUGCUUAUAGUUGUGAACAAUGUAACAAGAAGGUGAGUGCCUUAAAGAGAACUUGUAUUAAGAAAUUACCUGACCAUCUCAUCUUAGUUUUGAAGAGAUUUAAUUUCGACUUUGAUUUAAUGGCAAAGGCCAAGAUAAACGAAAGAAUAGAAUUCCCAUUUGAAUUAGAUCUUUUACCUUAUUCUCAAUAGGGAUUAAGACAAUAGGAGAACAGAGCGAAUCCAUAAAAUGGAUAGGAUAAUCCAUCAGAGUACUAUCAAUAUAGAUUGACAGGAGUUGUAAUUCAUAUUGGUUCAGCUGACUCUGGGCACUAUUAUUCAUUCAUUUAAGAUAGAUGUGAUUUCAAUAAAUGGUAUGAAUUUAAUGAUAUAUUCGUAUCAUCUGCAGAUGUCAAGGAUGUCAAAAAUGAUGGUUUUGGAGGUGUUGAUAGAUUGCUCAAAACUAAAUAUCCCAACUAGUUUAAGGAUAAGUAGAAGAGUGCUUAUAUGUUGUUUUAUGAGCGAAUCAAACCUAUAAAUGGUAAAGAAGAAUUGAUGGAUAUUGAAUUCGAUUAGAAAACUUCUCAAUUCUUAGAUGAGAUCAAGGUUGAAAAUAGGAAAUUUUAGAUUCAGAGAUUCAUAUUCAGUCCUGAAUACUUCAUCUUCAUUCAGAACUUGAUAAAAUUUGAAUUGCAAUCCAAUUAAGUUUCAGAGCAGAUUGUUAAAACCUUAGUGUUCUUUUACUUGACCUGUGCAGUGAGAGAGAAUGAUAAGACAUUUAUUUAAAAUAACAUUUUAGAUAUUUAGGAACUUCUAAGGAGAGCUCCAAGUACAUGUGAAUGGCUAUUGAAAUGCUUUAAUCAAUAUCAUUAUAUCAGAGAAUUCCAAUUUGAUUGCUCUAAGAAAAUGGUGAGGAAGUUUGUGAUUUCUCUGAUUGUGACUGCAAUUGAAACUGUGCAAAGGAAAGAAGGAUAUAAGGUUUUGGAUGAGUAUGUGGAUGAUAAGCCUAAGUCUAUGGUUGCCUCUUUAAUAAAUUCUUGGAUUCGAGUGUUGCCAGAUCUAAAGAGGAGUCUCAAAAAUUCAAUUGAAUACUAUGAUCUAUUUUAUAGAUUCGCCAGAUUGAAUGAAUAGAAUUCACAAUAUUUGAUUUCCAAAAAGAUAGUGGGGAAACUCUUGGAUCUGUUUAUGGAUACAAUGUAAAUAAACUAUAGUAAAUUGUUCAUUCCUUAUAAGGAGAGUGUGAGAAAGUAGGAUGAUCUUAAGGGUAUACAAUUUGAUGAGGAUCCAAAUAGUUUCUUGGGAUAACAGAACAUUUAAAAUGUAGAUAUAGCAUCUAAUUAUUACGAUGAACUUCUUGAAAAGAAAUUCGAAAAGUCUAUGAAUUCUGGUCCAUCUUCAAGCAGAGUCUACAUGUGGAGACUCAUAGCUUUCUUGCUCAAAACCCAAGGAAAGAAUGCUUUUAGUAUGGAGGAAUAAAACCUCUUACAAUUUGACAAUCCCAUUUUGAUGGCGAUUUUGGAAGAAGGAGAUUGCAAAUUGGCCAUUAGGAUGAUAUCUGACAUUCUUUCGAUUCUAUCCUAAGAUAAUUAAAAAUAGACUGAACAGAUCAUUUAAGCAAUUAUUAAGCAAAUAAACGAUAAAGAGUACAAGGAGUAUAGAAAAUAUUUGGUUGUUUUGAAAAGGAUAUUCACAGUCAAGGAUUCACUGCAAUAAAUGAGAGUAAGCAUAUAAUAAUUAUCUCUUUUUAGAUUCACUUGGGAAUGAGUAAACUAUUGGAAGUAAUGUAAAAGCAAUCGCAGUACUUCUUUGAGACUGAUGUGUGCUAACAAUAUAUUCUGAGGGUACAUAUAAUUCACAUACUUUUAGAUGGUAUUUAGGAAUCAAGCAGUCUAUCAAUGGAUGGUUAAGAACCAAAGAUUGUGGUAAUGGAUCAUCGAAACAAACAAUACCCAAUCAAAUCCAAAUGAGAAACUAAUAUCAAAUAAUUCUAAUUCACAAAAGUGUAAUCACAGAUUGCACAACAUUUACUUGCCUAUUACAUUUUAAGCCUAUGCCAAGUUCUUGAAUUGGAAGAAGUUGUAAUACUUGAAUCUGGCCAAGGAACCAUUUAAAUAGAAUGAAGAUUUUGAUAGUGACGAUGAUUUAACAGACAAAAUUGUUAAAGUCGACGAUAAAAUAGAUUACUAGUAAAUUCAAUUAUGUAUAUCCUUAGUGAUUAAAAUUCAUGGAUUACUGCCACUGUGGGUAAAGUGAUGGGUGAUUAUGUUCAUCUUACUUUCAGUGGAAAGAUGGCUCCUCAAAACAUCGAUAUAGAAUUAGAUUGUGAAAGACUCGCGCCAUUUAAUACGUUGUCAUCCAACAAUAAAAUCCCAGGUAUUCUCUAUGUAUAUGUGACAUUGCUAGGAUAAAAUAAUCAGGAGAUGGCUAUAGAACAUUAGUCCGAUCAUGACAAUGAUACUGAGGAGGGUAACAACAAUUCUAUUAACUAAACUGAUUCAGAUGAAGAGUGAAAUUAAAAAUCA